AUGGGCUCUAAGUUCCUGCAGAAGCGCAUGAAGGAAAGCCCGUAUUACAUCGGGCACAACACUACGACCAAACGCGCAGAGAUCUCUCCCUAUUCGGUGGAUGUGGAGGAUAUCUAUGAGACCCUCUACGUAAAGCAGAAUGGAGGAGGAACAGCUGAUCACUCGCCAUACAUCGCCACCCAUGAGGAGGGAGAAAACAUCCCCGACUUCAUCCACAUCAACCUGGAGAAUGAAACUCCAUCUCUACCCAAGCUGAGCAGGCAAUACAGCACGAAGCAGCACUCGAUCACGAAUGCCUCGCAGGCUGCUAGUGACACUUUCGAGCGAGGGGGAGAAAUCCAGUCACGCUUCGAGCUCAGCAUCGAUCAGGCCGACGCCUCAAACUCUUCGUCCACCAUCGGCAAAGCUCCACCAGUCUCGUCCGAGAGCUUUGAGGCUGUGUUUAGGCCGAGGAACAACGUCAACCGGCUGCUCACGAGCUGUGCCAUGAGCAGCACCCGGAAUGCUCUCACCGUCUCGGGUGUGGCCGCGGCUUUCUACAACGGGGGAUGGCUCCCUCCAGCUCCAGCACCCGAUCAUAACGUUCUUGGGAUCAACGAGUUUAUCGCCGAGGUGAGAGGCGAGAUUGAGUCCGGAUUGCCAGGACGCUCCUUGACUGUCGUCCUCGGCAGCUAUUUCCCAGGUGAUGAUUACACUUACGAGCUGGUUUUCUCUGUAGCUCUUCUUUGUGGUUGUUUAUCAGACCUGGAUUCUGUGGUUUCAACGAUUGCUUACGCUUACUUCCUUCACACCAAGCGAGAAUCACAAAACCACUGCAUUGUACCCGUCGUCAACAUGAAGAGGAGUGAUCUCCAAAUCCACACGGAAAUAGAUUGGCUGUUUAAGGCAGUGCAGCUCGAUGUAGAGUCUCUUGUUUUCUCGGAUGAGGCUUGUCUUAGUGGAUCAUAA